CGAGCCUCCCGCUGCCUUGGCUACCGGGCUCCUCCGGAGGCAGCGCUUGUAGUUGAGCUACGGAGGCCGGGUGGCCCGGUUGCGGGAAAAGAAGAAUUUGUAGACUUGUUCAAGACCUUCAUUUACAUAGCUGUUGAAUCCAAGACUACCGUGGUGCAACCAUGAAUGAAAAUACAUCUGCUGUAGUAUCUUCCGGUCUACUUGAAAAGGAUCCUGCCUUUCAGAUGAUUACAGUUACCAAGGAAACAGGCCUUGGUCUGAAGAUCCUAGGAGGAAUUAACCGGAAUGAAGGUCCCUUUGUGUAUAUUCAGGAAAUCAUCCCUGGAGGAGACUGUCAUAAGGAUGGACGUUUGAAGCCAGGAGAUCAACUUGUCUCAAUAAACAAGGAAUCUAUGAUUGGAGUGUCAUUUGAAGAAGCAAAAAGCAUAAUUACCAGAGCCAAAUUGAGGUCAGAACCUGCUUGGGAGAUAGCAUUCAUAAGACAGAAAUCUGAUGGCAGUCAUCCAGAAAAUCCGUCAUACACAUCCCUUUUACAAACUUCAGGGGACUAUGACCCUCAAGCCUCAACGUUUAGUCUUCUUUCUCCUUCUGAAAUGCUAAUUCCAAAGAUCUCAUCCACUCCCAAACCUACAGAUGCCGUUUCACCUUCUUUUAAGAUAAAUGAGUUAAAAACUGGAUACAAGAAAACAGAACAGACUCCAAUUGCGUCUUCGGACAACAGCCCUACGGAUAUGUCUAAUUUAGCUGUUGCCCCUGCCUCAUCCGAUAAUUACGGACCACAAGGAAAGAAGAUUUCUCUAAAUCCCUCCGUUCGCCUUAAGGCAGAGAAACUGGAAACGGUAAAUACUUUAAAUUUCCAUUUUUCUUCCAUAAAACACCAGCAAGAAAAUGAGGUUAACGCUAUGUUCUUCCUGAAAACAAUGUGUUCCAUUUUAGAUUUUGUCCGAGUUGCCAGAAACCUGUUUUGCUUGCAGUUGGAUGAAGUAAAUGUUGGUGCCCAGGAAAUUUCCAGCAUACUAGAUUCACAGCUUCUUCCCUGUGAUUCCUUAGAAGCAGAUGAAAUGGAAAGGCUUAAGCGUGACAGAAAUGACGCCUUGGAAGAAGUGAAUACACUGAAGGAAAAAUUAUUUGAAUCAGAAAGGCAAAGGAAACUAUUGACAGAAGAACUCCAGAAUGUGAAACAAGAAGCCAAAGCGGUAGUUGAAGAAACAAGAGCCCUACGAAGUCGGAUUCAUCUGGCGGAAGCUGCACAGAGGCAGGCGCACGGGAUGGAAAUGGACUAUGAAGAAGUCAUCCGUCUGUUAGAGGCCGAGAUCACAGAGCUCAAGGCUCAGCUUGCUGGCUAUUCCGACCAAAAUAAAGAAAGUGUUCAGGAGUUAAGAAAGAGAAUCACAGUACUUGACUGCCAAUUACGAAAAUCAGAAAUGGCUCGAAAAACUUUUGAGGCAUCCACUGAAAAGCUUCUUCAUUUUGUAGAGGCUAUUCAAGAAGUAUUUUCUGAUAAUUCUGCUCCUCUAUCAACUUUAAGUGAAAGAAGAGCUGUGUUAGGGUCUCAGACUUCCCUGACGCCGCUGGGAAGGAACGGCCGGAACAUCCCAGCAGCCCUGGCGCUCGAGUCUAAGGAACUCGUUAGAUCUGUUCGUGCCAUACUUGAUAUGGACUGUCUACCUUACGGGUGGGAGGAAGCUUACACAGCAGACGGAAUCAAGUACUUCAUCAAUCACGUAACGCAGACGACAUCCUGGAUCCAUCCCGUGAUGAGCGCUCUGCCCCUGUCUUGCUCAGAGGAGAAUGAAGAGGAUUGCUCCCGAGAACCGCCUGACCAGAAGAGUUAACGGGUUUCUGUAGGAAGCUGAGCAUCGCGGCCUCCUCACCUCUCAGGCUCCGCGGAUGACUGUGAGACUCAGUGGGCUACCAUAGGAAUAAAACACAUCGCUUGCUGAAGCUGGGAAAUGGAGACUCUGGAUUUAGGCUAUUUUUGUAAAACUUUUGGUAUAACCGUAUACAUUUAUAAGAUCAGUUACCACUUUAAAAAUGAUCUAGUCAUAUUUUUUUGAAAUGAUAUAUAAUUUGAUUUUUAUAUUAUGUAUAUAUACUUUUCACAUAUAAUUAGAUAUUUGUAAUUGCAUAUACAGUUCUUUAUGGAUCUGAUACAAUGACUUUUAUAAUUACGACAUGUCGGAAAAGUAUGUGGACGUAGUGAAACACUUCAUGUAUUUGAUAAUUCACUAACCUUUUUUAUCUGUAUCUUAGGAAAGUGAUUUAAGAAAGCUGUUGGGUUGUUUUGUUUUGUUUUGUUUUGUUUUUUAAGGAUCACAGACAACUGUCUCACAGGCUACGGAAUACAGCCUGCACUUUUAUGGAGCUUUCUAAUUUACAUAACGCUUUUCAGACGCCAUUUUUUAUUUAAACCAUACAACGCGCCUGUGAGGCACAUCCAGUGGGUCAGUUUUCUUCUUGCCUUUCAGUUAGGGAAAUAGUGGCUCAGAGAAAUGAGGCACCUCGCCCCGGAGCUGAGACUCAUACCUAAGUCUUCUGAUUCCAUGCCCAGCUCUCUUUCCACUGCACCCUGCUGUCCCAGCAGAAGGAGGUCACAGCCCGACACACAGGGCACCUCAGUUCUGUUGAUGCAGCUGAGCUCCACAGCUGUGCACUCCAGCGGCCACAGAGAUUCGGGAGGCACCUCUCAGUCACACAUGGCCCCCACAUAACCCCACUGUUCUCCUAGAAACCCUUCGCCCAACCCUCAC